AUGCAACUGUGCAAGCUUCUCAGCAUCCUCAGCCUGGCCAUCGGAAUAGCCAGCCAGACUACAACAUGCUACUGGCCUAACGGUAUAGCCACCACCGUAGCAAAGCCAUGUACUACACCUCUAGGCAAAGCAGCCGCGGCCUGCUGCUAUGACGACCAUUAUUGCCUGACCAACGGCCUUUGCGUGGACCCAAGCGAUGACACCCUGUACCGUGGUGCUUGUACCGACCCUAAGUUUGACGCUGACGGGUGCCCCAAAUACUGCGACAGAUCUGAGAUUAUUGGCGCAGACCCUGCCACACACAAUGGUCUUUGGGGUUGCGGCUUCACCGCGGUUUACGCAUGUAACCACCCAAGUUUCUGCCUUCAGGCGAACUUUACAAUCGAGCAGCCUGGCAAAAUCAUGUUAAAUACUGCCGUCGAGUCGGAUCUCGGAAUCAUAGCAACAGCCACGAGCUCUAGUACUCCAUCAUCGUCAGUGCGAACCGAACGAAACAAUGGAACCUCCGCGGGUGCUGCAGCUGGCAUUGGGGUUGGGGUCGGCGUGCCUCUCGCUAUCGCCGUUGUGGUUCUCAGCUUCUUGUUCGUGCGGGAGAGGAAGAAGGUCAAAGCCGCUGAGGCUGCGACGCCGAUGAGAGCGUAUUCAAGUCCUGAUCCCAAGUACGGCCCACCGCCCCCUUGGGCUCCGGGACAGCACGGUGACGCCGUCUCUCCUGAGCUGCCUACAACGGCUCAUCAGGCGAGACACGAGCUCCCUCAAUGA